AUGUUGGGCGACUUCCAAUACCGCCAUCUUCCCGCGCUCUUCACUGCGGCCGCUCAGUGCUGGGGCACCAUAUGGCCCAUCAUCAACGGCAGCACGGCCAGUGUUAUGCUGCACUACGGUCUGCCAAAGCGCAUCACCCACGUGCCCGAGACGUGGCCCGUCUGGCAGGCCGGUGGCGCUCGCACCGCCUGUCUCGGCAUUCUGAUGUUCGUCUUCUACGCCCAGCGGCGGUAUGAUACUCUCGACACCUUCCUGAUAAUCAUCGGCGGCUACUUGGGAUUUGUGGACUGUAUCAUCCUCUCGAAACAAGGGCUGGCUUCGGCCGGCGUCUUUCGCCUGCUGGGCUCUCUUGUGUUUGCAAGUCUGGGCGCGAUUGGCUUCACCCAAGGUCCAGCCUCCUAG